AGUCGACCCCUCGUGGAAUUUCCACAUACAGUGACAUAGAACUACAACACAGCACCAGGUUUAAAGUCCCAUUUGUAUCAAGCAAGAUGACCAAGUUCCGUCCCUGCAUUGACCUGCAUUCGGGUCAGGUCAAGCAAAUUGUCGGAGGGACUUUGAGCAAUGUUUCUGCGGAUCUAAAGACAAACUAUGUUUCUAACCUUCCAGCUAGCUAUUACGCUGAACUCUACCAGAAGUAUGACUUACGUGGGGGGCAUGUUGUGAUGCUCGGCCCAGGGAACGAUACAGCCGCAAAAGAGGCUCUUAGCGCAUGGCCAGGUGGCUUACAGGUCGCCGGUGGAAUCACAGAUAAGAAUGCUCAGUAUUGGAUAGACCAGGGCGCCGAAAAGGUUGUCAUCACAUCAUUCCUCUUUCCAGAGGGCAAAUUCUCGCUUGAGAGAUUGGAGUUGGUUCUUUCUGCUCUUGGGGGUGACAGGACAAGGCUAGUUUUAGAUUUGAGCUGCCGCAGGAAAGACAACACAUGGUUUGUGGCUAUGGACCGAUGGCAGACCAUUACAGAAAUGGAAAUCAAUCAAGAAUCCAUCUCAUUGCUAGAGCCCUACUGCUCGGAAUUUCUUAUCCACGCUGCCGACGUUGAAGGGUUGCAACAAGGUGUCGAUGAAGCGUUGGUGUCUAAGCUCUCCGAGUGGUGUUCCAUACCGGUUACUUACGCUGGGGGGGCACGGAACUUAGAAGAUCUUGAGAAGGUCCACUCAAGUAGUCAAGGGAAGGUCGAUUUAACCAUCGGUAGUGCGCUGGAUAUCUUUGGGGGGUCCGGCGUGACAUUUGAUGAAUGUAUACAAUGGAACAAGGCGCACUGAUUUAGUGAUAGUAUGGAUUGCCGAUAGAAAUACAUGAUAGCUACCUAGGUCGAGACAUUUAUAUACGUCUCUCCCUCCCCUCUCCCUCUCUUUAUGACUGAGCAAAAGUAAGGGAAUAGUUGGAAAUAGG